AUGGCUUCAAAACCUCGUGCCAGACCGGCUCGUAAGUCUUUUGCUAGAUAUGAUCCCAUAGCGGUCCUUACUAACUCAUUUUCAGACGCCCCUGGACCUACUUAUCUAGCAUACACUCCUAACGGCAACAAACUGAUCACAGUUGGAUUGAACAAUGUAAUCCGCAUCUUUACUACUGGAUCUGAUGCGGAGCCUGUCAACAUUGAUGUUGUGCAAGACUCUCACACAGCCGUGGCUGCAACUAAUGACUUCUUCUUGACUGGUUCCGAGGAUGGUAGUGUUUGCAAAUACUCCUUGUUCACCCACUCGCUGGAGGAAGUCCUUGUUCGGAGUACUCUCCCCAUCAGAGACAUCUCUAUCUCGCCGGACGGAUUCUGGGCAGCAGUGGCAUCUGAGUAG